AUGUCCCUAGGUGAGGCAAAUUUAAUUAAAAGUAAGAGCAAUAAGAAGUCUAGAAGAAAAAAGAAAAGAAGAACUACCGAUAUUUCUGAUUCCUCUGAUUCUGAUUCUUCAUCCUCGUCCUCAGACAAUGAUGUUCAAGUGGAUGAUGGUCAUGAUACAAAUGGUAUUAAUACUAAUAAUGAACAAAUAGUGGACCAAUCCUUAUCAGAUAUUGAAUUAUCAGACGAUGAACUUCCUAAGAAAUCUCAAUAUAACAAAGAAUUACUUUACCAAGACACCAAGGAAAAGCUAUCUAAUAUACCUUAUACUAUUACAGAAUUAACAGAAAGAUCGAAUCAAAACCAUAAGUAUGAUAAUCAUAAUACAGAUUUAAAAAAAGUAGAAGAAACAUUAAAAGAAGCCACUACCAAUAUAAAUAAAACUUUGAAUAAACCUAUAAGUGCUGAUCUACAAAAUGAAUACCUAGGAAUGUUGUUUCAAAAUUACGGUGAUGAUAUUAAUUCUUUAAGAAAUGCACCCGAUUUCACUAAUAAAUCAUUAGUAUUACUGGCCAAUGUUCUAAAAGAUGGAUCUAAAAUGUUUGAUGUAGACACUUUAAAGACUAUAGUAGAAUCAAAAUGA